AUGAUUAUUCCCAAAAUGUUGACUGCUCCGAUUCUGUUGUGCUUGAUUGUUGGUGCAUUGGCCACUAGUCACGGUCAUAAACCUUACCAUGGAAGUUCACCCUCAAGCGGAGGUUCUUCAUCAGCAGGAGCUUCUUCGUCAGCGUCGGCUUCUUCCCACGCUCAAUCAUCGACUCACGGGAAAUAUACUCGUCCAAAAUGCGGUCCUUGUCCUUACAUAAAGGUGGACCCAGUUGACUUCUACAAAAUGUCCGGAGCAUGGUAUGAAAUUGAACGGAGCAGCAACAAUGUUGAUAAUUCAGAUAGAUGUUAUAAAUUGACUUGGGGUAAGCCCUACGAUGGUCACUCCACACUAACAUACAAAAGUCUAUCGAACGUAAAACAUGCUACUAACACAAUGGUAUCUACGGUAACUUCAAAUGAACGAGGAACAGGCUUUACUUAUCGAUUGCCGACUUUAGGAAGUAUUUUCAAAGAGCACUUAAUUCUUGAUACCGAUUAUCACAACUAUGCGAUAGUUUAUUCUUGUGAAAUGCAUGGAAAGAAACACUAUGAAUAUGGUUGGGUGUUUUCACGGAAGCAAAAGCCAACUUGUGAUAUUGAAAAUAUAAAACAACAGGCUUUUACUAGAUACAAUCUUACGGUGCCGGAUAUGGUUCGACAUGAUCUUUCAAACUGCUGCGAAGCCUUCGCUAACUACAAUUUUUGCGAGUAA